AUGGACGCCAAUACCUUGUUCCAGCUGUUCAACGCCUCUUUCGAUGCCGGUACGUUCUUUCGUCGAAAGCCAUGAGCCAAGUGCCCGCGCGCCUCGACUUUGACGCGGGAAAAGACACGUCCUGCCUCGAGGAUGCGGUGUGGGUGUGGGUGUGUCCUAUGCUAGAUCCGGGGCUGACGUCCAGCCCUACUAUCGUACUGCCCACCCCACAGAUCCGAACGUCCGCAUCUCGGCUGAACUCGAACUGCGAAAGGUCCGUUCCGCUCUCUACGAUCGACCCCCUGACCGCGCGGUCCAGCGCUCUCCCCGUUGCGCCCUCUGGUCCUUCACGCGCGCCUGGCGCUGACCACGACGCGUCCCACCUCCCGCAGCUCGAAUCGGUUCAAGGUCUCAUCCCGACCCUGCUGCAACUGAUCGCGCCCUCGUCGUCGGCCUCGUCCGUCGUACGCCUCGCAGCGUCCAUCUACCUCAAGAACCGCGUAAAGUCGUCCUGGAGGAUACCCAGUCCCUCCUCCCUGCCGUCCUCUUCCACCAACCCCUCCGCCCGGACCAACUAUACUCCCAUCCCCUCCUCCGAUCGAGUUUCACUCAAGGCGAACCUACUUCCCUUGCUCAACUCGUUGGCGAACGAUCAUUCCCAGGGAAAUGACAAGGUCAAGGCCCAGGUCGCGCAGGUCUUGGACAAGGUCGUGUCGAUCGAUUACCCCAACGAUUGGCCCGGUUUGGGCCAGGAGAUUCAGAACUUGUUCGCGACGGGCGACCAGGCCGGCAUCGAGGCCGGAUUGAGGGCUGGCGUUUGUGUCUUUUCGGCGUUGAGGUCAGUGUCGAUCGCCGUGCGAGUGCGAGAGGCGGCAGUAGCUAACUUGUUUGAUGCGAUCCUCUCCUGUCCAGAUUCAAUGGUGACGAACGCAAGACCGAUACCUUGCCGAACCUCGCCGCGUCGCUCUUGCCUCAACUGCUCGCGCUCUCGCAACACAUCAUCACCCCUUCGCCUACGGACGCGAGCUCGUACGCCGCGCAAGGCACUUUACUCGCCCUCCUCAUCAAGGCGUACAAGAAUUCGAUCUCUCAUACGCUUACUCCCGCACAUCAAGCGCACGAUUCGAUCGUCCCUUGGGGGAGUUUGUUGCUUCGAAUCGUGCAAACCCCUUUGGCGAUCCAGUUGCUCCCCGAGGACGAAGACGAGAGGGAAGAACACCCGUGGUGCAAAGCCAAGAAAUGGUCCUUCUUCGCCCUCAACCGUCUCUUUGAUCGUUAUGGCAACCCCUCGCAAUUGCCCUCGAACAUGAAGGAACCCUACCUCGCGUUCGCGCAGAGGUUCGAACAGCAGUUCGCACCGGAGAUCUUGAAAGCUUAUUUGGGCCUUGUCGAGAGGUUGAUCGGAGGGGAGUGGCAGAGUAGGAAGGCGAAGACUUUCGUUCUGAACUACUUUAUGGACUGGUCAGUCGAAACUUGAACAACAAGUUGAACGAAACGCGUCGCACGCACGCUAACUCAAACAGUUGACGUCUCUGGCGCCGACACAGCAUCAAGCCGAAGAACACGUGGGCGUUGAUCAAACCGCACAUCAUCCCGCUCGUACAAUCCUUCAUCUUCCCUUUGGCCUGUCUCACGGACGACGAGAUCGACCAAUUCUCCGAGGAGCCGCAGGAGUUUGCCAAGGCGCAUUUCGGCGAUUUUGUCAUGGAUUCGUACGGCUCGCCAACGGCCUCGGCGUUGAGCUUUAUCAACGAACUCGUCGAACUUAGGACCGCUUUCGCCCUUCGACCGAUCCUGACCUUCAUCCAACAAGUCGCGUCCAAGUACCCUACCGAGACGACGCCGCAGCAGAAAGAUGCCGCGUUGAGGAUGUUGAUCGCUUUGGCACCGACGGCGGUCAAGUCCAAAAAGAUCGCGCCCAUGAUGGAGAGUUUCUUUACGGUUCACGUCUUGCCCGAAUUCAAGAGCAAGCACGGGAUAUUGAGGUAUCGUGUGUGCGAGGUGGUGGAAAAGUACGAGAGCUUUGAUAUGAAGUGGGAAACGAGGACGGUAAAUCGUUAUCAUGCCGGCUGUUUGGCCUUUAUGGGGAUGUUCCAUGCUCACUCGCGCGUAUGCUUUGCUUUGCCCUUCUUACAGAACCUUGAUGCGAUUCUGCACGCCUUGAUGAAUUGCAUCACCGACCCGGAACUGCCCGUACGGAUCCAAGCUGCGAUCGCGCUGCCCGAGUUGAUCCGGUACGAAGACGUGCGCGCCGAGAUGGUCCCCAACGUCGGGCGCAUCAUCCAGGAACUGCUCAAGCUCUCGAACGAGGUCGAUCUCGAUGCUUUGACCAACACGACCCGCGCGCUCGUUGGCGAGUUCCAGCUCGAGGUCACACCCUUUGCGGUCGAGUUGACGCAGUCGUUGACGAGUUCGUACACGCGCUUGAUCCACGAGUCGAUCGAGGCGCGCGCUCGCUCGAACCCCGAUGACGAGAGUCUGUUGUAUGGCGACGAGAAGACGCUCGUGCAGAUGAAUUUGCUCAAGACGAUAGAGCAGUUGACCGUCUCGCUCGAAGGGAUGCCCAUGUUGGAUCAGAUCGAGGCGAUCGUCGCUCCGGCGUUGCAAAUCACGAUCGAGAACGAGUGCAUUGGUGAGCCGGGAUCCUGCCCCAUCGUCGCCCAAUUGUCGCCUAGCCGGUUCUUGACGACGGACGGCUGAUGCUUUGGGAUCAUGGCAUUACAGAUCUGUACGACGAGGUGUACGACAUCCUUGACUCGCUCACCUUUUUCCAGAAAAAGAUCUCGCCGUGCCUGUGGCCGAUCUUUGUCGCGACGUACAACACCUUCAAGGCCGGCUCGGUCGAGUUCGUACACGAGAUGUCCGGCUUCCUCGACAACUGCGUCACGUACGGACGCGAGGUCAUGACCACGAACGAAGCGUAUCGAAGGAUGGUGAUCGACAUGUACGAUACGAUCAUGGUCUCUCGCGAAUUGGGCGCCGCCGAUCGGUGCACGGCGUGCAAGCUCGCCGAAGGGAUCUUGUUGAACUUGGCCGGGCACGCCGACGAGGCUUUACCGAUCAUCUUGGAACGCUCGAUGAAGAUCGUGCUCGCGCGCAAGACCGACGACCCGGACUACACCAUCACUAACAGCUUGUUCCUCCAUGCUCUCGAAGUCGUCGUAGCGGCCGUCUUGUACAACCCUGCUUUGACGCUCGCGACUCUCGAUGGUCACGAUUGGACGCAGCAGUUCUUUGCGGUCUGGUUCAAGAACUUGGCUCGUUUCACGCGCGUGCAUGAUAAGAAGAUGAUCGUUUCGGCCAUGUGUGCGCUGUUGGAAUGGCUCGCACAAGGGGGGAAGGAAUCGCCGUUGGCGAGGAACGCGUCGAUGGUCGUCGUUGGCGCGUUGACGGUGUUUAAGGAGUUGCCCGGUGCGCUGGUCAAGAGGAGAGCGUUGGAGACGCAUUAUGCAGAGGGGGGCAGUGAUGAGGAAGAGGAGGAUGUCGAUGAUUUUGAUGAGGAGGAUCUCGACGAGGAGGGGGAAGGUUAGCCUCAUCCUUUGAUUGUGCUUCACUGACUAGAGCACUGACACUUUUCGUGCCUUCAAACGAUACGUAGGCGAGGAAGGGGAUCUAAAGGACGCCACGAACGAUUACCUCGAACGACUUGUGAGUCAAGAAACACAGUCGAUUCAGGCCUGCUCGACCCUGCGAAUCUAGCUGAUACACCUUCCAUGAUGAUUUUCGAUACAGAUUGCACGAGAUAACGCCGGUGCAACAGAAGGUGAAGACGACGAUGAUGCUCGUUCUGAUUGGUCCGACGAGAUCCUCUGGGCCUCCCCGUUGGACGAUGUCGACGCCUAUGUCAAGUUCACGACCGUGCUCACGACGCUCGAACGGUCUGUUCCUGACUUGUUCCAACUUGCUGUUGGACCUUUGGACGCAAAGCAAAAGGCCGAGUUGGAGGUCGUUGCGAGGAGAGCUCUGGCGGGUGGGGAGAAGGCCGAGGUGGAGACGCCGGCAGGGGAGCAGUAA